CACCGCCGAGCGACACAGUCGAAGAAAAGAAAAACAACGAAAAAACAAUAAGAAAUAAGAAAGAAUAUUAAACCACCGACUCUUGGCGCCUCGUCGUGUUAAUUUAAUAUAUUUAGUUACUAUUUUUUUUGGUUCGCGACUGUUUUAAAACCCACGCUGCAAAGAGAGUGAGCGGAAGAGAGGACAUCCCUUGCCUUGCCCUUCGGAAAUCGCAAAUCGCUGGAAAUCGCAGCAGUUGCAGAAUGCAUCUCUGAGUGCAGCGAGGAUCGUCCCUGAGACAGCAGAAGAAGAAUUCCAGCUAGUGACAAAGAGAACAAAAGACUCUGCUCCCUAAACAUGGCACGACUUGGUCCAGUUUCCACACUGAUCCUCUGGUGUAUUCUGUGCAACAGGAGCAUCACCAGCAGCAGCAGCAGCAGCAACAGCAUCUCCAACACCGAUAGUGGCUCUGCACCCGCCGACCUGGGUGUCUUCUUUGAACGAGCACCGGAAUCGGCGGUGGCACCCAAGGGCGAUGAGGUGGUCUUUGAGUGCGAACUAAACCUCAAGCCGGAUCGUCUGGAAUGGCGUUUCCGGCGCAGUGGCUCCACCGAGCCGUACCGCAUCCUCAGCCCCACCGCUGGCUACAAUGUGACCAGUGGCAGUGAUGAUCGUGCCUGGCGACUACGCAUCUAUGUGAGUGCCCAGACCGCUGGUGACUACCAGUGUGUGGCUACAUAUGGUCCUGGUAUCCUGGUAUCAACAUCCGCUCGACUGGCACUCGUUUCCAUUGCCCUGGAGUCGUCGGGUGGUCAUGGGUCCGGUCGGGGCUCCGUCCGUUGGAGUGUGGCGCCCAGGAACUGCAUCCUCAUCCGAUGUGGCAGCGUCAUUUCAAAUCCGCCCGCCAUCUGGAGCUUCUACAAGAACGGUGAGAAGCUGCCGCAGUCGGAACUGCUGCCGGGAGCAUCGGGUGCCCUCGUCCUGGACUCGGUGACGGCCAAGGAUGCGGGUAACUACAGCUGUGCGGCCACCAAUGCCAUAACGGGCGAGGAGCUGAGCCUGCCGCAGGCCAUCGAGCUGCGAGUGGACUACACGGACCGCACGGCUCCCUUCUUCCUGCAGAGACCGCCCUCGGAGCUCUCCGCUCGUCCCGGCGAGACCGUGGUCCUCGAGUGCCCUGGCGUGGGCUCCCCGCGACCCGAGGCCGUCUGGAGCAGUCCCAAUUUGACGCGGAUACACCACAAUCGGAGCAGGACCCUGCCCUACGGCUUCCAGAUCAGCGAUGUGCGACCCGAGGAUCAGGGCUCGUAUGUCUGCCUGCUGGACAAUGGCAUUGCACCGCCCCAGGGGCACAUGAUCAAGCUGAGUGUCCUGCAGCGACCCAUUAUCCAGAGCGGACCGGCUGCCACGCUCACGAACGAGACGAGCUCCCUGGAGCUGGAAUGCCGGGCCACGGGCAAUCCCCAGCCGGAGAUCUACUGGCUGCUCAACGGGCGAGAUGCCACCGCCGAUCCGGAGGCCAGAGUGUAUGAGCAGGGCAAGCUGCGCCUGGAGAGAGUCCAGAAACGGCAUGCGGGUGUGGUGCAGUGCUUUGCCAGGAAUAGCCUGGGAGAGACCAGCGAGGCCAACAUGUUGCGAGUGAAUCCCCUGGACAUUAGCGGCGAGGAAGAACCCAUCUUGGGACCCUUUCCCAUACGCCACGAGCCUUCACCGGCCUCGACGCCUUCGGCAGGAACCAAGAACAAAGGCGGCAGGCGUAGACGUCCAGCCAACAUGGUUCCGCCAUCCCGGCCGAACGUCACCCGGCUGUCGGACGAAGCGGUGAUGCUGCGCUGGAGCGUGCCGCAGAACCUCGGCCUCCCGAUCAUCUUUUUCAAGGUGCAGUACCGCAACCUCGGCGACGGCAAGUCACGCCGCGAAGGCUGGCAGACGACCAGCGAGAAUAUCCCCUACGGCAACAGCCACUGGCGGCAGCGGGGACGAGAGCGGAACCGGGAUCGCGAACGUGAGAGGGAGCGUGAGCGUGACCAGCACGAAUUGGGGAAUGGACCGAAGAAUUUCACCUCCUCGGUGACGGGACUGGUGCCCGGCAUGUACUACCGCUUCCGGCUGGUGGCGGUCUACUCGAACAACGACAACAAGGAGGGCAACGCCUCGCUCAAGUUCCUGCUGCUGGCGGCGGGUAAUGCCAAGUCAAAUCUCCCCGUUCCCGAGCUGCACGAGGUGGAGCCCGUCUCGGAGUCGGUCGUCCAGCUGCAUUGGUCCCUUGCAGCGGCCAGUGACCACAAUAUCGACGGAUACUAUGCAUACUACAGGCCAGCGGCGUCGGCGGCAGAGUACCUCAAGUCCACCGUGGAUGGCGGGGGCAGUAGGAGCUUCCGGAUCGAUCAGCUCCACCCGGGCACCACCUACGAGUUCAAGCUGCAGUCUUUCAAUGCGGACGCCGCCUCCGAGUUCAGUGCCAUCAGGCAGGCGCGUACCAAGCAGUUCCAUGAUCCAGCGAUAGCCCAGUCGCCCAGGGCUCCUGUGCCCGCCAAUAAAACGGCUACGGGUGGUGGCCACCAGCAGAACUCCAUCUAUCCGGUGAUCCUAGGGGCGUCUGGCGGUGCCCUCCUGCUGCUCAUAGCCGUCGUUUGGGCCUGCCUGUGCCUCCGGCGGAGGGACAACUCGCAGCCAGAAGAUGAGAACAAGCCGCAAUUGGAGCACAUCCAAGCGGACUUUGUGACCUCCGCCGUGCUGGGCGUGGGCGGCCAUCACAAGAGCGGCGAUGUGCGUCGCCUCAACGGAGUGAUUCCCCGCAUGAACAUCACACCCAAUCCGCUGGCGGCCCAGGAGGCGGCGUCCGAUAAGAACCGCAACGUGAUGGAGCUACGCUUCCUGCCCCGCUGGCGAACGGGAACUGCAAUGGGCUGCCCAAGCAGGAACAGGAUCACCAGCAGCAGCAGGAGCAAGGGGUCCGAGCAAGAGGAUGACGAUGGCCCCGGACCAGCGGCCGCCUCAUCCUCCUGCGAAACCCUCGAGGCCUGCGACGAGGGUCUCAAGCUGUCCCUCCAUCAGAGCCACAAGCUGCAGCCGGAACCGGUCGUCCAGCUGGAGGCGCCCAGCAAGCCACUGCCACCGCUGCCGCUACCCAAGAAACCAGCUCCCAGUGCUGGACAAAGCCACGUCCCGCAUCAGAAUGGCCUGCACCAUGCCCAGCCCUACCAUCCGCCGGGCACGCCCACGCUGCUGCACAAGCGUCUGGACUACCAUCACCAGCAGCACCACCACCAGCAGCCACCGCCAGUGCCGCCGCACUCUGCUUACUACCAGCAGGCGGCUCCGCCCGCCCAUGUCCAUGGCCACCAGCCCUCGCCUAUGCUGGAACGCAGUGUGAGGAGCCUCCAGCAGCAGCACUCCGGCUACCAUUUGGAGGAGGCGGUGGGUACGCCCACGCCCUCGCGGAUACCGUCUCUGCGAAGGCAGCGUCGCACCUCGGGCAGCCAGCACAAUAGCCACAGCAAUCUCAAUCUAAACCACCACAACAACAACAACAACAACCUGCCGCCACACCACCAGCACCUGCACCUGCACCACCAGCAGCUCCAGCAGCAGCAGCAUCCCGGCCACGUGGGCAUACCCAUCGUGCCGGGCAGUCCGCGUGUCCAGCGCUCGCCGAUGCCCAGUCGGGCAAUGAUCAAGCGGACGCGCCUGGGCAGCCACACGGACAACAUCUCUUCGGGCAGCCUCAACAGCAUCGAGGUGUGAGGAGCUGGAGCUCCACCUAGGAUUAAGAUGACGUGUAUUAUUAGGAAUAUUUGUAGGACAGGCGCCGGAAAGCCACUCCAGCUAAAAAGGUUUAGGAAUUUAUUUUGUAAACAACUGAAAGUAGUUUUUAAGUAAAAAGCACAGCCAAAAAUUGUCAAUUGAGUUGGAGUGAGCCAGGAAGAAAUUAAGGAUUGAUUCAUCCGGUAGCAGAGCUGAGUCCCGGCCUGAUAGUCAGUAGCCUUAUUGUUUGGCAUCCUUUUUCCUUUUUUUUAUCUCUGUAAUGUAGCGUAAGUAGUUUUUAGUUAUUUAUUGCAGCAAGUGACUCGAAUUAGCCAAGUUAAGUUCGUAGUUUAAGCAGACACUCACUCCUAGAAGGCCUAGAAAGCGUAGAAACCUAAACUAAGCUAGCUCCUAAGGCAAACCGACUAUCUAAACAUUAACUCGCUGCGUAUUUGUAACUAACAUCACGCCCCACACUGUAUUCACUUCGCUCGCGUGGAACACGGACUCUGAAGUUCCGGAAGCGCAUCCUAAACUAGGCUUAGGUCUUUAAAAGCGAAAUUUUCAAAUAAAAAUGAAAAGAAAACAUAA